AUGCUGUUUAAGAGUGGCCGUAUCAACGCAGUGACCAAGUUCUUCUGCAGAAAAAUUUGGCAGCGGUGUAUCCGAGCGGUGGAGAACGAGGACGGAGAAGACGACGAGGUGGAGGAUAUCUGCGACUUUGACAUGCGUGAGCUGGACGAGGCCGACGAGGACGACGGGAUGGAGUUCCACGACUCGAAUGUUGGGCUAGACUUCAAGCUCCAAGGCCUCAACUUGCAGGACUACCAAGGUCUCGAUGAGCUUGAAUAA